ACGUUGUGCCGUGAGGUUGAUCGCGGCAGAUUGUUUUUCUCAAUUUUCUCAAUUCGUCGUCGCAGCAGCAGCGGUUCGGUCGUUGCGCUGCCUCUGCGUGUAUACUACGCUUGCUUUUCGGUGUUUGUGUGUGUGUGUGUGUAUGCUCGUCGGUUGCGUGCUGUCGCCGCAGCGCAAUAGAAAUAGCGAGAAAGAAUCAACUACCAGCCCUUUUGUUUUGCAUUUUUUUUGGUAGUGAACAAAAAGAAAAUAGAAAUAGAUAAACAACAGAAGCAACAACAACAACGAAAAAGUUUUUAACAAUAACGACACGGCACCCAACACAAUACGCGCUAGCGUGUGUUAGAUAUACAUACACACUCGCGACGCUCGCAUACAUACAUAAAUGUGCGUCUGGCUGUGUGCGAUGAGCGGUUUUGAAAAUCAAUAACAAAAAACGCAAAGCAUAAACACAAAAAUGUACAACAAGCAGCCGCAGCAGCCGUGCCAAAGAGCAAUGCAAAAAACAACAAACCGCCACCGGUCGUCACUUUAUCUGCCACAGCAGCAGCAACAACUACAAAAAUUGUUAAAGCAUUGUGCCGAUAAUUAUUAUCGAUACUAAUUAUUGUUGAAAAUACUGCAACCAACAGACGACCGCUCAAAGGAAUAUCAGAAAAUCACAUUCAAAAUUUUUUUUAAAAAUAUAUUCUGUGUAUUGUAAUUGUGUGAGUGCGCGUGUGCUCGUGUGUGAGAGCAAUUGCAACUGCACGGCGGGAUAUAAAGAGAAUAAAAAGCAAUAAAAGAAAAAAACAAAAAACUAGGGCGACUUGCGCGCGUAAAUUUGGGUCGCAGCAGCCGACAGCGAUACUGCAAGAGCAAACAGAAAACGGCAUCGGCAGCGGCAACCUAGUCCCAGUGCAUUCAUUCCAUUGGCCGCCAGAUAUUUCCAGUCUUUAGCAUCUCUCAUCUCCAUCCCGACAUUGCCUUUUCCCCCCUUUCCCCCCACCAAACUCCAGCCAUGUCGUUGCAAACGAAGCGCCAGCACUGCUAUCUGUGCGACCUGCCCCGCAUGCCCUGGGCUAUGAUCAACGAUUUCUCGGAGGCUGUGUGUCGCGGUUGUGUGAACUACGAAGGCGCCGACCGCAUCGAGGUCGUUUUGGAUGCAGCCCGUCAAAUGAAGCGCCUCCAUCCAGGCACAAAGCGUGCCCAUGAGAAUGGUGAGGUGGUCGUCCUUCAGCAGCAACAGGCGGCGGCUGCAGCCGCUGCUGCCGGCCUGCAGCAAGUGCCCGGUCCACAUCGUGGUGCACCAAGCGGGGCUGGUGGUCCGGGUCCCUCUGGUGCCGGUGGUCCCCUUUCACAGAGCAGCGUUUCGGCUGCUGCCGCAGCUGCAGCACAUCAUCAUCACGUGGCGGCCUAUCAGAUGCCCGUGCCACGCAUUGGACCGCCACAGAGCAGCAGUCUCAUGGAUUUUCCUGUCAAGCUGGAGUCCUCGCCACAUGAUGGCUCCGGCGGCGGCCGGCCAGUACGCAUCCCGCACAUGACGCCCCACCAUAUGCCGCCGACGUCUGCGCAACGCGGCAGUCUGGCUGCCGCAGCCGCAGCAGCAGCCUCACAGCAGCCCGGAGGCGGUGGUGGCCUAAGUUUAAGUGGCGCUAACUCCGGCAGCGGUUCUGUGCUGCCACCAGCCCUUUCCGUUAACUUGAAGCGCCCACCCUCCGAGGAUAUGGACGAGCAGCAUGGUGGCCAUGGCGUCGGUGUUAAUGCCCCCGAUUUGGCGGGCAGCAGUAGCGGAGGAGGUGGCCAACCCAAUGCCAAGCGUAGUGCUCUGGAUGAUCCCAGUGGCGUGAGGCCACCCCUGACACGUGGAGAAUCGCUGCCGGCUGCUGUCAGUUUUGUACCCGAACGUCAGCUCAACAUGCGAGAUAAACAGCAGCCAGUGCGUGCCCCCAGCUUCGAUGCAUCGACCUUUAAGGCGGGCGAGCACUUGUCGCCGGCCAGUCGACGCAACGGAGCCAGCCCGCCGACGGGGCCGCUGCCGCCUCGCAGCGUAGCCCUUGUACACUCGCCGAAUAGUUCGGGCUCCUCUUCGGGUCGUCGCUCGUCUGGUUCCCGUCAUGUUUCCAGCACAACCGUCACAAGCACAGAGGUCGGCGGCUCGAAUCCGAGCCAAGGCAAUGUUGGAGCCGGUCUGGGUGCCGGCUCAGCCAGCGGUGCUGGCUCCUUAGGUGGUCCCGGUACGAAUUCACAGCUUAGCAGCUGCAGCAGUGGUGGUCCUAACGGCAGCUCCUCUGCGGGCAAUGGCGGCGCUGGGCCCUCUUCGUUGCCACCAAAUGCGGUGGUCAACGAUGGCAGCAACGCAGGCGGCAGCAAUGGCGGUGCUGGCCCAAGCGGCAGCAAUGGCGGCAGCUCAGGCGCCGUUAAUCCCGGACCCGGAAGCAGCGGCAGUCAAUCGGCACCCGGAAUGGGCAGUGGUUCCGGCAUAGGCGGUGCAGGUGGAGCGCCCGGUAGCAGUUCAGCUCCAAAUUCGGCGGCAGCUGCUGCAGCGGCCGCUGCCCAGAGUGCCACGCUGAAGUGCACGCUCUGCCAGGAGCGGCUGGAGGACACGCAUUUCGUGCAGUGCCCGUCCGUACAUCAUCACAAGUUCUGUUUCCCAUGCAGUCGCGAAAGCAUCAAGCGACAAAAUGGUCUUGGGAACGAGGUUUACUGUCCUAGCGGCGACCGCUGCCCAUUGGCCAACUCAACCAUACCUUGGGCGUUUAUGCAGGGCGAGAUAACGACCAUACUGGGCGAGGAAGUCAAGGUGAAGAAGGAGCGCGAGUCUUAAUGUCCAUUUUAUUGUAAAAAGCUGCGCAGAGCUUUGGAGCACUUUUGAGCGUGCGGCAGUCGGCGUCUGGGAUCGGCGGUAGAGGAUGGCAAACGAAUUAAUGCGGAUGCGGAGAAUAAUGACAACAGUUUGUUUGUUUGUUUUUUUUGUGGCCAUUGUCUGUCCGUCGCUCAGUUCAACAGUAGUUCAGCAGCCCACCAGCCAGUCGGCAGCCAGCAGCCAGCCAGCCAGAUCGUCAGGCAGCAAUUUGAGACUAAGCCAGACGCUCGGCCGGCGGCGGCAGCAGCAACUUACGCUCUGUCCAUGACGACCAAACAAGCCAACAUACCAACAGCAACAAAUACGGCAAUUACAACUAUAACAACAACAACAGCAGCAGCUGCAGUCAUUUUAAAUAACAAAUAUUUUGUAGACAUAUAAGCAUUAAAUCAACCGUUUGGGCGUUUCUAUAUCGGUUGCGCCAAAUCAAAUGCAAUUUGUGUAAACAGAUUUUUUGUAAACAGACAAAAACAGCAACAACAACAAACACCAAAAGCACUCGCAAUUGUUGCGCGUGCGCAUGUGAGAGAAUUUUUUUUAUAAAUAAAUUGAAAAUU